AUGCUCUUGGACAAACCGGAGAGCCAUCAAACUGAUUACUACGAAGUUGACUCCCAUCCAAAUUCAGAUCUCGAUAAAGGGAAACACAUAGAAGGCUCAAUCCCCCUUUCCCAGGAUAACAAAAAUCGUCUCUACCUUCCAUGGCGUUACUCUGUGAUCAUCAAGGUCUUCAUGCGAAAGAUGCCAUACCAUUUCCUUCAGUCUAAACUAAUUGAACUAUGGAAGCCAUCCGAACAGUUAAUCUUGAUUGACCUAGGAUGGGACUUCUACAUAGUCAAAUUUAGUUUAGAAAAGAAUAUGGUGAUGGCACUCCACCUUGUCCCUUGGUUCAUCUCCGAAAACUUCUUGUCUGUGUGGAAAUGGGAACCUAAGUUCGUUCCUCAAGAAUCCACCCUUACUUCUACUUCCAUAUGGAUCCGGCUCCAACAAUUACCAACAGAAUUCUACGAUAAGGAUAUCCUAGAAAAGGUUGGAAGGAAAUUGGGCAAACUAUUAAAAAUAGACCAAUGCACUUCCUCUACUCGCAAGGGACGAUAUGCUCGUAUUUGUAUUCAAGUGCCACUGGAAACACCAGUGGAAACAUCGGUCAUAAUAGGAGACCACAAACAGGCAGUGAUCUAUGAAGGAGAAGGGACUCUGUGCACUCUUGCGGCAGAAUUGGGCACACUGCAGUAG